GAUUGGGUGACCCGAGGACGACACGGAUCACUACCCGGACGCCGGACGGGAGUUUGAAAGCAGAGUGUUUUGUGAAUUAAAUAUCCCAGCCUGUAUUUAAAUGGUCACUCGUAAAGUGAUGCACGUGCUCCACGACAAGAUGGAAAAGAGUUGUGUGAAGACGGUGUGUGUGACAGGAGGUGCUGGCUACUUGGCUUCUUUUCUCAUCAAUCGUCUCUUGGCCAAGGGUUAUCUUGUUCAUGCUACCCUCCGAAAUCUAAAAGAUGAUUCAAAAGUAGGGCUUCUAAAGGGAUUAGGUAAUGCGGAUACAAGAUUGAAGCUGUUUGAAGCUGAUAUUUACAAUCCUUGUGAAUUUGCGGCCGCUGUUGAGGGCUGCCAAAUUGUGGUUCAUAUGGCCACACCUCUGCAACACUACGGCAACGACUCCCAGUACAAGAAUACAAGUGAGGCAGCAGUGGGUGGGGUGAAGUCCAUAGUGGAAAGCUGCGUGAGAUCAAACACUGUCAACAAACUCAUCUACACAGCCUCUGUAGUGGCUUCUUCACCUCUCAAAGAACAACAAGAAGAAGAAGGCGGCUAUAACUAUAAGGAUUUCAUUGAUGAAACUUGCUGGACCCCACUCAAUACCUCUUACCAAAUGCUCACUGAUUAUGUACGUUCAAAGACCUUAGCCGAAAAGGAAGUUUUGAGCUACAAUGGGAAAAAUGGCAUACAAGUAGUGAGCCUAGCUUGUGGGCUAGUUGGAGGCGACACCAUUCAGUCCUUUAUGCCUGAGAGCAUGGCUACACUUAUAUCACAGGCCAUAAAUGAUGGGGGUAGGUAUAGAGUGCUGAGGGGUUUGGAGGACCUGCUUGCAAAAGUCCCAAUUGCACACGUGGAAGAUGUGAUUGAUGCACACGUGUUCUCCAUGGAGACUCAACACAUCAACGGCAGAUUUCUUUGUGCGUCUCAUUUCUUAAGUUCCGCUCAGAUUGCAGCUCUCAUUCAGAAUUGUCAACCAACUAUUACCAUCAAACCAGAGUUGGUUGAAGAUGUGAAGAGAGAAACUAGCUGGGGUUCAAGAAAACUAGAGAAUUUGGGAUUCAAGUACAAAUAUGAUGCUCAAAAGAUUAUACAUGAUAGCCUCCUAUGUGCAAAGAAGUUGGAAAUUAUCUAAUCUUAUACUUAUUUUAAGGUUAUUUAUUUAAACCCUACACAUAUGAUGUAUGUAAUGGGAUACAUGAGGGAAAAAUAAGAUUACAUUUGAGUUACCUCCAGUUCUCCCCCAUCUAUUUUCUCGAAUAAGCUACUUUGACAUAACUAGUACACAGUACGUGCUGUGCACAAUAUAAUAAUG